AUGGCUUCUAAAUCGAUCCUCAUCACAGGCUGCAGCAAAGGCGGCAUCGGUGAUGGACUAGCGCGCGAGUUCAAGUCCAGGGGGCUGCGCGUCUUCGCCGCGGGACGCGACCCGAACAAGAUGGCCCACCUGCACGACCUCGGCGUCACGGUCCUCGUCCUGGACGUCACCGACUCGGGGUCCGUGAACACCGCCGCCGAGACGGUCCGCCGGGCCACCGACGGCCGCGGCCUGGACAUCCUCGUCAACAACGCCGGCGUCAACCAGGUCAUGCCCUUCGCGGACUGCGCCGUCGACGACUUCCGGCGCGUCUUCGACGCGAAUGUGAUUGGCGUCUUUGCGGUCACCCAGGCGUUCCUGCCGCAGCUCAUUGAGGCCCGGGGCACGGUCGCCAACAUAGGGUCCGUCAAUGAGGUGUUCCUCCCGCCGUUCCAGGCGGCCUACAACGCCAGCAAGGCGGCCAUCGCGGCCUUCUCGGACACGAUCCGGACCGAGCUUUUGCCGUUCGGGGUCAAGGUCGUCCACAUCAAAACUGGAGCCGUUACGUCCAACCUUUUUCGGUCGGAGCGCCCUGGUGACAAGAUGCCUCCCGGGAGCAUGUACACGCCUUGCAAAGACAAAGUCGAGGAUCGCGCAUUUUUGGAGGGGACCAAGUUUGCCACGCCCGAGGAGUACGCCAAGGAGGUUGCCAAUGACCUGCUGGGCAAGCCGGGUCCGGUCCUCUGGAGGGGACCAAUGGCCGGUAUUGGGAGGGUUUUCAGCUACUUCGCCUGGCCUGGGAUCAUGAAUUCGGUCUACUUGAAGAACUUUGGGUUGAGUGCUCUGAUGUCAUCAAAGUCAAAGUCGGUCUGA